AUGGUAAAAAUAAGCAAAAUAGUACAAAAGAUAUGGAGAUGCGUCCAAGAUAACAACACACAACCACAGAAGCCACGUAGACUACCGAUUUGUACCAUGGAGCAAAUAGAAGAGUUUCAAAAUGCGGAUGAAGAAAGUUAUUCCCAAGUUGUUAAUUAUCUUCAUUAUGUUGGGGGCUUCAGUUUAAAGGAAGCUCUCCAACUAUGUUUGAAGGAAGCAUUAUCUGACGAGCUCACACGAUUUUUUACAUGGUUCGGCCGCGAGCCAGGACGACAUCCUUUCUACAAUACACGGCUGGCAAAGGCCAUAUAUGAUGCUGUGUGCAAGAACAGACAUUUUCAUAAACCGACGAGAUUAGAAUUUCAAAAACAUAUGCAAGAGGCUCUUCGUGUAACGAAGGAAAGGCUUCGGCAAAGGACGCGUCCACGUGGAAGAAAUGCAGGCCAACAGAGAAACCCAUGGAACGACGAAUCGGAGGAAGAAAUAUUGGAUGAAAAAAAUAACGAACAAGAAUAAGUGUAGGAAGGCGCCUUUAGCUGUGUCUG